UGCUGGGUACGGCUUCAGUCCGUGAACUAGCAUCAAACAGUGAGGACUCCGAUAAACCCAACAAAUACACUGGGGAUCAUGGAGAGGGCACUGGGAGCGGGAGGCUUUUCCACUAAACGAGAAUAAAGGAAAUUUCGCCGGCUGCCACGAUUCAAACUUCUUUAAUAUUUCAGACCCCCUGGUCAGCAUGGCCUUGGCACCGCAAAUAAUAACAUCCUCGGAUCAUAACUAACCGUUUUAAAUUCUUGGUGUCUGCGCGCUCUCGGGUUAAGCGGUAAGCUUUGAAGUGCACGCUGAUCGCAUAUCAGAUGUCACGCCUUUGAUCACAGCCACGCCCAUCCUUUGAUCUGUGUACAGAUUCUUUCCUCGAUUUGGUAGUUCGUCUGGAGUUGCGCAGGCGAGUACGUGAAGAGGGGCAGAUAAUGGUUUUGAAUCCACUGCAGGAGUUAGAGCAGAGAGACUCCGACUGAAUUCACCCGCAGUGAACGAGAGGACUAUAUCCUUUUAUUUAUUGUCUGUUUAGUCAGUUUGGAACAGGUCGGCCAGAAUGGCCCGGCGAUUCGGCCAGGAGAGGCUCCGCCUGUUAGAAGUUCUGCUAAUGGGCUUCUGUCUGGUUUUCACAGUGGCUGAGGAUCCAAGGGAAUGCCGGGAGCAAGAAUAUAAGGAUCAGUCGGGGAGCUGUGUGGCCUGCCAGCGGUGUGCCGCUGGACAUGAACUGUCGAAGGAAUGUGGCUUUGGCUACGGGGAGGAUGCCCGCUGUGUGCCCUGCAGGCCCGGGCGCUUCAAAGAGGACGGAGGCCUGCAGAAAUGCAAGCCCUGCCUGGACUGCGCGCUGGCUAACCGCUUCCAGAAGGGCAACUGCUCCACCAGCAGGAACGCCGUGUGUGGGGACUGCCUGCCCGGGUUCUAUCGGAAGACGAAACUGAGCGGUUUCCAGGAUAUGGAGUGUGCGCCCUGUGGGGACCUGCCCUCUCCUUACGAACCGCACUGCAGCGGCCGGGUCAACCUGGUGCCCCUCCAGUCCACAGCCUCCAGCCCGCGGGAUGUGGCCCUGGCCGCGGUCAUCUGCAGCGCGCUGGCCGCCGUCCUGCUGGCCCUCCUCAUCCUCUGCGCCAUCUACUGCAAGAGACAGCUGCUGGAGAACAAGCCUGCCACUCUGGCGCGCUCUCAGGACGGGCCCUACACCGGGGCGGAGCUGUCGCGCUUCGACCGGCGGCGGCUCCACGAGCUGCCACACCCGGCCUGCGGUCACUGCCACCUGGGCCCCGGCCCUGCCUGCAACCCCCUGACCCCGGCCCCAUGCUGUGAUGAGACCUGCAGUCUGGGCCAAACCCGGGACGCCAGUGCGUGCCAUACCCCAGCAGGCCUCAACGAGGGGUUAACAUGGACUUAUUUUGCCUAGUGCUACAACCCUUGAACCCUCCCUUCCCCCCCCCCUCACCUGGACAUGAAAGGACUACUGCCAGAUCCAGUUUCAGAUCUAGCCCACACACAGAGUCCCAAAAAGUACGGCGGGCCCCUUUUGAAACGGCUCUGUGGCCCCUGGCCUUCGAGUGUGGCGCAACGCGGUGCGGACGGGGCCGUGUAAAAACAGGCCAACGGCAGCACCGGACGGCAAACCCGCCGGAGCAGAGGACCUGAACCACCCCCAGCACCCAACAGAGAGGUGGGGGGGGGAAACAGGAGGCAAGUCCCAACUCGGCAGCACGAAGUUAAAAACGACGACUGUGGCCUGGUUAUCAGGGUCUGAGCCCGUUACAAAAAUCAAACAUACGUUACGAGCGUACUUUUUGGGUCGACCUAGCCAAAAGAGACCGUACCGAAACCAGUGGCGCGCUGACGAAAAUGAAAUGACUUGAUGACCAUCUAAACGCAUGUGGUUCGACUGAAGUUUUACAGUACAGUUGAUUUCGUUUUUUUUUUUUUUAAUGUAAUGACGUACGUUUCUGAGGGUGAACUGCUCCAGGAGGCCAAGGGAGGGGACGGCCCCCCUCGCUUGUACACUGUGACAUGGCGCACUUCUGGAGAAAAGCGGCGAAUGAGAAAUACUGAACAAGCACAGACAACAAGGAAAGUCUGGAAUUUUCUUCCGGUGCCGGCCCACUUCCUGUAAAUACUGUAAAAUACGAAAUAGGAUUCUGAUAUUUUUGUAAUGUAGAUUCACUGCCCAGAAAGGCCAAUAACUCAAAGUCUGCCUCAGUUUAGAAGUCGAUUUAGUAUUUGAUAUUUCUGUGAGUCUGCAUUUAUACAUAUUUUUGUAAUGAAUUUGUCACAUACUGCUGUCUGUAUUUGUAAAUAAAUCCUGCAGACUGAG